AUGCUCUCUUCCCUCCAUCUCCAAGCUUCUGGGCUUGCCGAGCGCCGCGUCACCUCCGGCCGAGCUUUUGUCCGCUUCGCCGAGGACUCGCUCGCGGGAUGCCGAGUCGAGGCGAGACUGACCGAUUCCGUUGGCAGUUUCAGGCACAUCCUCGCAAGAAUGGCAGCAGGAAGCGUCGUGCGUCUACGUCGAAGCCCGCCCCGGGUCGAGCUACGCAACAUUUCCGCCUCGGAGGGGAAUGCCCCCAACACCACCGAUGGGAGUGGAUGCCUCCUUCGACGGCUACGGCUCACCUCUCAGCAAGCCCAUGUGCCGCUUUCCGUCGGCUUCAACGCCCAGGACGGCGUGCGAAGCGACUCCUCCGCUGGAGAGCGACGCCCGUCGGCAUCACGUCGCGCCACGAAGUCAACCUGGCGUUUCAUGUCCGAGGCGGCCGUACGCCGACGCCCUGUUCGCCCAGCAUCCGGGUUUGUUCGCUUCGCCGCAGCCGCAGAUAUCAAAUCUGUUUUAUCAACAGCCGCUGCCGCAGUCUUUUCCGCCCCUGUCGAUUCCGCUGCCGCUCGCUCCGACGUUGGCGGCCAACCCGUGGCAGCACCAUCAUUACCUGUCACCGGCCCACGCAAUCUCUCCUUCUCCGAGCCAGGAUCGCUACGUGUGCCAGACAUGCAGCAAGGCCUUCAGCCGACCAAGCAGCCUCCGGAUUCACAGCCAUUCCCAUACGGGCGAGAAGCCGUUCAGGUGCCCGUAUGCCGGCUGCGGCAAGGCGUUUAG